GGUAAAACUUGCAGUGAAAUAAAACUGCACAGUCCGCAAGCUACAAGUGGAUCGUAUGUUAUCGACCCCGAUGGAGAAGGGAGCUACGAACCUUUCACUGUUUAUUGUGACAUGACAGACAAGAACGGAGUUGGUGUGACAGUUGUUGGUCAUGACAGUGAAAGCAAGACCCUUGUCAAUGGCUAUGAAACUCGAGGAAGCUAUGUACGUGAUAUUCAUUACACAGGAAGCGGCCUGACAAGCAAAGCUCAAUUGUUUGGUCUUCUGGACAUCUCUACACAUUGUGAGCAGUUUAUCAAGUACGAAUGUACACACUCUGUCCUCUUAUACAUGGGUAACUCAUAUGGAUGGUGGGUCUCACGUGACAACGUUAAAAUGACAUACUGGGGAGGGGCCACUCCUGCGGAUUCCUACAAGUGCGCAUGCGGGGUGGACAACACAUGUGCAGACAGCAGACGUGGAUGUAACUGCGAUGCGAAUGAUGGCGUGUGGCGUGAGGACAGCGGUCUCCUUACUGAAAAGUCCCAGCUCCCAGUUUCACAGCUGAGAUUUGGAGAUACAGGCCAUUCACUAGAAAAAGGUUACCACACGCUUGGGAAACUCAAGUGCUACGGAGGUCAAUAGUGUGCUACAGUCAUUCCUUAAUGCCUUUGUCCUUGCACAAAGUACUCCUGUAGAGUUAUGAAGAAGGUAUCAGGAAAGUUUCAUCAGGGAGCACUAACCAUAAAUUCUUGUUGUUGUAGUUUCAAAUUAAGCAAUUGAGUUCAUUCUGAAUAGUUUUCUGGAUCGCAAUUACUGUUACACAUCAAGAGCAUAGAAUAGAAGCUUGAAUACAUGUGACAAGUCUUAUUUUCAACUAAGUAUUUGGUCAAUAAAUGGGUUAAAAAGGGAAAAAAGCGUGUGACUAGCAUAAUAGAGAACGCUAUCGAUUUUCUUCAGCUCUGCCCUCUAUGCAUGUUAUGUAGCCCCAGGUCCUAAAUCUUGAGUUUGUUGAAUUCUACUCCAAGGCUUUUAGUCUUGUGUCACUACUGUGGUUCUAGUUCUUUAUGGAUCGAUAACUGAUACCAUCUGCCCUCCAACGGGCUCCUGGCCCUCCGCCUCUUUCAAGCCCCACCCACCUCAAACGUGCUUUAAAUAAAUAAGCCACACGGGGGACUUAAUAGAGGAUUUACCGUAUUUCAUUAUUAGCAAGGUAAGACGCCCUUUACAUUCCUCUUUUCCUGAGUUCCCCCCCGUCGUCCAUGGGAUCUAGUAAGGCACAAGGUUUUCUGACAAAGACAGGGAGACCACUGACCAACUUUUGUCGCAGCAGCAGAGUUGAACUUGAACAAGUCCAGAGACUCGAAAGUCCAGGAAGGAAGGAAGGAGGAAGUUCAUGGAAAUUGUUAGUGAAGCUCAGCUUGCCGGUCAUCCAAUUGCGUAGCCUCGUAUCCCGUACCUCCCCUCUUAAAAGGAAUCUUUGAUGGAAUAAGAAUUAUAGACUGGCGGACCUCGCCAGAGCAUCCAAAUUUAUGAUUGGUCCAUUUCGAUCCUAUAUCAUAUGGUAAGCCUCAAAACGACUUUCUUUACAAAACUGCACUUAGUCGUAGACUUUUGCGUUUUCACCAGCCAGGUGAUGUAGUAUAUGCACAAACAAUGGAGCUUUUUUUUAUCAAGGUUCUUAAAUCUCCACAGAGCUACGAUUUCUUAAAAAAAAUUGAAUUCGAUGACAUUGUAGACAACAUGAAAACGUUUCAGGAAUUCCUCAGCAGAGCAUGAUAAAUGGAAUUGUCCCGAUCUGCAAGCUUCUGCUGGUAAAUCCUGCAACAGGAAAAGCCGGGUCCUCUUCGGCAACGCGAAGGUUAAAAACAUGGCUCUGUUCAACAGUCAGGGUUAAAGGAAGGUUCUAAACAGCCGCAAGGAGGGAACUGACAAACUUUGAAAGUGAAUGAAACACGCGAAAAUUAUGAUGCUGCUGUGCAUGGUUACAAGGGAAAUUGCAUAGCCACUGGCUUCUUGUAAAGCAGAGACAACGAAAGAGUCAAUAAAGACGAAAACGGAAAGCGGAAAUUGUUUCUGUAUCCGUGUUGUCUAAAGUAUUAAGCUUAGAUUAAUUGUCAUGUGCACAAAUUUGGAAUAUAGAGCAAGAGAAAGACAGAGAAAAAGAGAAAGUACCUGUCGGCGGCAGACCAGCGAAGCUCAACGACAAAAAGGGCGACAGAGAUCGAGAGCCAGAGAUAAAAAAAAAUGAGACAUUUUUUUGUUGGAAGAACAACAUGAAAAUUUUGUGGCGGCGGUGACAAAAUAAGAAAUGCUCUUGGCCACCAAUCAAAUGCAAUGUGAAAAUUAGCGGCAGUGAAAAAAGGUGAACGAGAACACGGUCGACAUUUUCUCCAUUAAAAGUGUAACUAAGAAGCUUGAGUCGUGAAAAACAAGGGCAAAGAAAUCUACAAAAAAAUUGUGCUGCACGUGCAAAGUUGCUUUUUGCUUUUUCCGGCGUUGCAUUCAGGCCUUAGCAUUACACGAUUUUAUAUUUUGUUUGAACAAACUAUAAAUAUUAACGAGAGCUUCGCUUUAAGCCUUGGCUAAAUUUAUAUAUUACUGAAUGCAAGGCUGGCAAUACGGCAGAAGGCUGAUUUAUUUGAGGCCAACAUUUGGGCUAAGGGUUAGGUUAGGGUUGAAUUGUUCCCAAUCCACUUCGCUCCUCUCCCUUCCAACAGCCUAGAGUUAUCACCACCAAGUAUGGACUAAACACCUUUAGGUACUACGGACCAAAAAUCUGGAACUCUCUAAAUGAUGAACUCAGAACUUCUCCGACCCUUAAAACAUUUGUAACACGCAUCAGAAAGAUCACCUUUGACGCAUGUAACUGCUCUUUAUGUAACUGUUAGACUAUUGUUAAUAUUGUACCUUUUAGAAUCACUAUCUGUAAAUAAUAUCGCAUCAUGAUGUAAAUAGUUUAAUUCAAGUUAAUUUCUUCUUUGUUUUGUUUUUAACCUCGACUCAUUAGCUAUUUAAGCUAGGAGCCUAAUAAGUUCCAGACCCUCGAGUAUAAAUAAAGUUUUCAAAGUUUUCAACAGCACUUUGGAGAAUAAGACAUAAAUCAUCCACCAAUCAUUAAUUAUUUUUUACAGGCAAUUCCUGUAGGAAACAAGAAGGAGCCAAGUGCAUCAAAAAAGGAAAACCCUGCCCGGCCGGUACUGAAGCUUGCUCUGAUAGGUUCUCCUGUGGGAGAAGGAAGAAGAAAAAAGUAUGCUGCUGCCCGAAACCUGAGCCGACCACCGAGCCGACCACCGAGCCGACGACUGAGCCGACGACUGAGCCGAUGACUAAGCCGACGACUGAGCCGACCACCGAGCCGACGACUGAGCUAACGACUGAGCCGACCACCGAGCCGACGACUGAGCCAAGGCCAAGUGUGUAUUUCAAACAAUUCUUUAAUAUCAGGGGCACCCAAUGGAUCUGUUCCUCAAAAUAACUGUUCUUCACGGAAAAUUUUUGCUGGCUGGGAAAUUUGGAAAAUUAAUAUGUCCUUGGAAGUUGCCUUGGAAGGAACGUGUUGCUAGGGAAUAGACAAGCCAGGGUGUCUGAGGGGAUUUGUUGUCCAGAAUAGUUCGUAUUUGCUCUUUGUCAUAAAUCUCUCCCCCUCCCAUUGAAGGGCUGAAGUUCGCCCCUAGGCCACACCCAAUUUCUUUCUAUCUACCCUUCCCGCCCCACCCCCGACUUACAGCUGCAAAUGUCAUCUGGGUUUUGCGGGAGUUCUCUGUGAAAGACGAGGUAACAAAUAAGAACCCUUUUGUAAUUUCAAUAUUGUAUUACAAAAGGGAUAGCAUUGUUCUUAUCGAGUCAGCAACUUUAUUUUUAACAGCUAUUCUUUGUUACCUUAUGUUUUGUUAGUAUGGUAUGUACCUCUUAUUGGCCGAGUUUGAACCCCAUAUUUAGAAUACACCCCAAGCAUCCAUAAUUUACAUUACAGACCGAGGAACUGAGGCUAAGAAGAUGUUUAUGAAUAUAGCUUCCUGUUUGGUGGAAACUGAAACAAGCAACAAGCAGGCAAACAAGCGAUUUGACAUAAAAAGAAGGGUUUUUUAUUGGCUCUAAAAAAACACUAGCUAAUAACUAACUAGGCUUUCUACUAAAAGUGAAAUGAAAACGCAAAUGCGAAAUGUUACAAACGUCUUUAGGCGGCGGUCAAAACUCGGAGCACCGCAAUUAGCACUGUAAGUAAUAGCUCGCCAAUGUACGCUGGAGUCUAUAAUUGGAUACUCUGUCUGCUUUAAAUCUCCUUCAUCUUUCUUUCUUCCGUCCGUGAUAAACAAUUUAAAUGGCAAACAAGCGUGUUGAGAUGAUCAGGUGCCUUUUCUUGUCUUAAGCUAUGCCAAUGUACACUGUAUUUACAAAAUUCACUUUUGAGAUUGUAAUUGUGGUUUUUUUCAUUCAUCUAACCAAAUUAGGUAAAACUUGCAGUGAAAUAAAACUGCACAGUCCGCAAGCUACAAGUGGAUCGUAUGUUAUCGACCCCGAUGGAGAAGGGAGCUACGAACCUUUCACUGUUUAUUGUGACAUGACAGACAAGAACGGAGUUGGUGUGACAGUUGUUGGUCAUGACAGUGAAAGCAAGACCCUUGUCAAUGGCUAUGAAACUCGAGGAAGCUAUGUACGUGAUAUUCAUUACACAGGAAGCGGCCUGACAAGCAAAGCUCAAUUGUUUGGUCUUCUGGACAUCUCUACACAUUGUGAGCAGUUUAUCAAGUACGAAUGUACACACUCUGUCCUCUUAUACAUGGGUAACUCAUAUGGAUGGUGGGUCUCACGUGACAACGUUAAAAUGACAUACUGGGGAGGGGCCACUCCUGCGGAUUCCUACAAGUGCGCAUGCGGGGUGGACAACACAUGUGCAGACAGCAGACGUGGAUGUAACUGCGAUGCGAAUGAUGGCGUGUGGCGUGAGGACAGCGGUCUCCUUACUGAAAAGUCCCAGCUCCCAGUUUCACAGCUGAGAUUUGGAGAUACAGGCCAUUCACUAGAAAAAGGUUACCACACGCUUGGGAAACUCAAGUGCUACGGAGGUCAAUAG